CGCUGCUCGGAACUAUCGGACUGGCUGUACGAGGACGGAGCCGAUGCGGAUGCAGAAACAUACGAAAAGAAACUGGAGGAUCUGCGUGGAGUGGCGAACGAGGUGUACGCCCGGCACUGGGAGCACAACGAGCGUCCGGAUGCCCUCGAUGCACUGAAGCAGAUGAUUAACGGUUCCGAAGCGUUCCUGCGCAAUGCCAAAAACUUCACAAAGGACGUCAACCCGGAAAAGGAUGUGUUUACGACGGUCGAAAUUGAGACAUUGGAGAAGGCGAUCCGCAAUACGAUCGAGUGGCGUGAUACGGAGGUGGCCGAACAGGAGAAGCAACCACGCAACGCACCGGUACGAUUGACCGUCAAGGACAUUACCGAUCGAAUGGCAAUGCUUGAUCGUGAGGUGAAGUAUCUCGUUAACAAACUGAAACUUUGGCGACCGAAAGUGAAACCGACUAAACCACCAAAACCGGAGAAAACGACCUCGACGGAAGCCGGUGGCGAAUCUUCGGGUGACUCUAAGGAAUCCGCCGAAGAAGUGCUCGAACAAACUCCCGUGAAGGAACAGGAGGAGCCACUGGCAGGUGACGCAAGUGAUAAGACGGAAGAGACGGUAGAAACCAUUGAUCCAACGGCCACUGUGAAGGAUAAGGUAAAGGCGGAAGGUGAUCAUACGGAGCUGUAAAGCGGAAAUGAUUUCGUUCGAUCGACUAUUGUGGGAGCGGGUCCAGGGUGGGUGUUAGGUUAAGCACAAACUAGCAGAAACCAUCGUCUUUUACUUCACCUUCCUGAUCAUUAACACACCUACGAACAGUAUCGAACUUAACCCUCAUGUGCCCUUGACCUCCCAGUUAGCUAUCCUUCAUCCUUCUUUUUUUUCGAUUCCGGACCAGUGCAAUCACGGUGACACUCGAGCUUUUCAUAUUUAUUGCUGACCCCGACUAGAUGGCUCGAUCCCAUCCACCACCUUCCUCCCUCUCACCCUAAUCCCAUCCAAUCCACUUUCAUCAGAUCAUUCCUUGCGUCGGUCCGGUUCAGGCGACCGGAGCCAACCGCCUACUAAGCGUCGCGCCGUCUCUCAGCACUCCGUUUUUCCCCAUCUAUCGACCAGUUAGUGUGUAGUUUAAGGGCAACCGUUGCAACAAUGCUGCGAUGCGAGAACUGAUUGCGACGUGCACCAUCUAGCCUAGCCUGGCCUAGACCGACCUGAUGCCUGAAUGCGAAUGUUUUGCGUGUGUUUUGAGUAGCUAGCAGAAAGGGCACAAACGGUUUAGGUCGUUUUGGUUUUAAAAGGGAUAGAAGGUCGCAUCGCAUAGCUGUGCAUCUCUGCAGAGUGCAAGUACGAGAGCGAGAGGCUGGAUCUGGCCGACAAUUGGCCAGGGACGUGAUUAGACAGGCGAUAGUGUAGCUGAGCCGAGCAGCUGUAAGUUGUUGUAGUACGCGAACGGGUAGGUGGAGUUGCUGGCGGAAACUUUAGUGUGUAAGCGUGGAAGAGGAGAAAAUGGACAGAAAACGGAAACAAGGAAAACAAAGAGAACGCCCGGAAACGAAUUGGUGAUACACAGAA